AUGGAAUCAUUUGUUGUAACUAAAACAGGACAUCAUAUGGAUAUUCCUGAUGGUUCAUAUGUUAAAUUAUUAAAUUUUGCAUAUAAAGGAAAUAAACCAUCAAGUGUUGUUUUAAAAGUUUAUAAUGAAAAAGAAGAAGAAUUACGAGCUAUCUUAUGUACACUUACUCCAGAACAUCCUCAAUAUUUUGCUGAGAUUAUUGUAGCAGGCCCAUCUGCUGAUUUUGAAUUAAUUGGAGAUGAUGAAAUUACUGUUUAUAUGGAUAUUGAUUUUGAUGAUAUAACAAAGUUUGAGGAUGAUGAUGACAUGACAUUUGAUGACAUGGAGGAUGAUGAAGAGGAAGAAGAUGAGUCUCCAAAGAAAGAAGUUCUUAAAAAAGAGGAAAAGAAACCUCAACCACCUAAACAAGAAAAGAAACCUCAACCAAAGAAAGAAAGUAAGCAACAACAACCACAAAAGAAACAAUUACAAGAAAAUAAAAAGAAGAAUAAAAACCAUGGAAAAAAACAACACUAA